GCCGAGAUGGAGGUGCCCAUCCCCAGGUACUUCGUGAAGGAGCGGGCCAAGGUGCUCCAAGAACGUCAGGAAGUGCUGGCGGGUCUCCUGGCCCGCAUGGUGCCCACCAAGACCCCCCACUCGCUGAUCCUGCGGGACGAGGCGGUGCGCCUGAUCCAGAUGGCCGAGAGGAUGCGCCAGGGCCGCCUCCGGGCCCACUUCAUGGCCGAGAUCCGGCGGGACGAGGAGCGCGAGCGGAGGAGGGUGAGGGAGGGUGAGGCCGAGCCCAACCGGGACCUGGCUGCCAUCUGCAUCCAGAAGGUAAGGGGGCCGGACCUGAUGGGCCGCUUCCCGGACUACCCAGAGGAGGAAAUUGGGGGCUGCCUGGUCCUUUUCGCCCAAAAGACCCCGGAAGAGGUGAGGGCCGAGCUGGACCUGGCGGAGAUCAAGACGGACUCGAAGAAGGAGAAGGCGAAAGAACCGACGGAGAAGGAGAAGGAGGAAGCCCAACUGCAAUGGGGCAGGCACGUCAAGUCCAACCUCCCCCAGUUUGUGGGCUGCUGGGCCGAAGACGACGAGGCCACCAACUUUGAGCAGUGCUACCAGCCGGCUCUGAUCAAGGUGGAGAAGAGGAGAGAGGUGGAGACGGAGAUCCGGCUGCAGGUGGACGAUCUGAUGCGGGAGGAGCUUCAGCAGCUCCGACUGGCCGUUGACCAGGAGGAGACCAGGACCCAGAAGCCCCCCAAGAGCGCCAAGCAGGCCAAGAAAGGCAAGAAGGAAAAAGACCUGACCCCAGACAGGACCAUCGACUCCCUCUAUGAGGAACUGGUCCUCCAAGGCAUCAUUAAGAAGCCCCCGAAGGUGCAGCUGGCCGACUACUCAGGGGACUUCUGCUACCUGGGCACCGCCUUGCGCCAGAAGGACAUUGAGCCCAUCCCCUCCAUGCUGGACGUCCGGCAGAAUGUCGCCCUCUACGCGAUCCUUCCUCUGGGUUCCCAGACCCUGCACGAAUUGGCCCCCCCGGUGAGGUCGCUGCUCCUGGCCGGCCCGGCGGGCACGGGCAAGAGGAUGCUGGUCCACGCCGUCUGCACCGAGACGGGGGCCAACCUCUUCGACCUUUCCCCGGACAACCUGGCCGGCAAGUAUCCGGGCAAGGCCGGCCUGCAGAUGCUGCUCCACCUGGUCUUCAAGGUGGCCCGCCUUCUGCAGCCGUCCGUCCUCUGGGUCGGGGGCGCGGAGAAGAUGUUCUACAAGAAGGUCCCCAAGGAGGAGAAGGAGCUGGACCCCAAGCGGCUGAAGAGGGACCUGCCCAGAGCCCUGAAGCUGCUGAGGGCCGAGGACCGGGUGCUGCUGAUGGGCACCUCCUGCCAGCCCUACCUGGCCGAGACGAAGGCCCUGUGCAAGGCCUACGAGAGGGUCCUGCUCCUCCCCACGCCCGACUACGCCGCCCGCUACGUGACGUGGCAGUGGCUGAUCCAGAGGCAGGGCGGGGUGGUGACCAGCAGCCUGGACCUGAGCGCCCUGGCCAAGGUGUCGGACGGCUACAGCCAGGGCAGCCUGGCGCAGGCGGUGAAGCUGGUGCUGACCGAGCGGCGGAGGCUGCAGCUGCCCAAGAAGCCGCUCUGGGCCGGGGAGCUCCUGCACAUGCUGGCCAGGGCCGACCCCGUCUACCCGGAGGAGCAGGAGCUGCUGCAGGACUGGUACGAGAAAACUCCGCUGGGCCGCAGGAAGCUGGAGGCGGAGGAGGAGGCGGAGGCGGCGGCCGAGAGCAAGGAGAAGAAGCAGAAGAAGUGA